AUGCCCACCUGGAUCAUAUCAAUAGCCUCGUCGUCUCAGCAGGACCUGGAGCUCGUUUUCUCUGAUAGAAUAUGGCCCAACCUGGCUUCUUGGAAGGAAGACGACGACGAUAUAAAAUUGCUGUAUUCACCCUUAAUACCUGAUGGAAGAUACAAGGUUGUGUUUCCCGACGUAUCUGUCCAGACGAUACCCAUAAACCAUGGUCGAAACACUCUCGGCCACUAUUCAUCCACCGCGUUCUUCAUUCGGCAUGAGCCUUCUUUACGCGAAUUUCUCUUCUUUGGCGACGUUGAACCCGAUGCCAUCGUAGACCAUCCCCGCACCAUCAACGUUUGGCGGAUCGCAGCUCCCAAGAUUCCAGAAACACUGUCUUCAAUAUUUAUAGAAUGCUCUUGGCCUUCAGGUCGAAAAGACGACCUCCUGUUCGGGCAUCUUACACCUGAGCAUCUCGGGAACGAACUCGCAACUCUUGCGAGUGAAGUUGUUAAGCACCGACUAGCCGUUCAACAGAACGAAAGUCGCCGGCGGCCUCUUCGCAAGAAACUCAAGAGAGGCUCCCUGACUACUGAAGAAUUGAAGGAUGCUCUGCUCGGUGUCUGCGUAUAUAUCAUCCAUUGCAAAGACGACAUGAACGGUGAUCUGUCCAAACCUAUCCGGGAGGUCAUUGUGGACCAGGUGAAGAAGGUUGUCGAUGAGAAGGGGCUGGGUGCAGUGGUAUUGGCGGCCGAGCAAGGGAUGCAUAUCGAGAUAUGA